UAGUUAUUAAUUUAUGGAUCCUACUCCCACCACCACCACCGGACCGCCAUUGCCAAGCGACUGCGAGACAGAGUCAAGUUCUGUUUGGAGCUGGUGGCCAUCUUGGCGUCCGACAUCCAUGUCUCUUUUGAAGGCCACGGACAGCAAGAUUCUGAGCUGUGCGUCCAUACUCGCAUUCCCAGACUCACCGGACACACUACUUGAGUUUUUGCCAAAUUCAAUUUCUUACAUCCUAAUAGACCGGCUGCUUAUGGACACCCCGAUUGCGUCCGCUCGCAGAAUAUCAUGACAGAAGCAUAAAAAAAUUAGCAAAAAUAAUCCAGAAGGAAAUGGAUUUGAUCCUCUCUGCAGAGAUUCAACCAUCAUCGUUGCCAGUCGAAUUUGACCCCUGGUUGCACUCAAAGGUGCAUGUUAACAAAAAAAAAAUCAGCAGUAAUUUUACUAUAAAAAAGUCAAAAUAUCAAGAAGAAAAAAAAGUCAUAAUUUUAAGAGAAUAAUGUAAUAUUAUGAGGAAUUUUACUGACAUUUUCAUUUUACUGUCAGAAAAUUUAAAUAUUCUAUAUAAUAAUAUAUAAAAUAAAUACAUCUAAUAAAAAUAAGUCUGAAAAUUAAAUCAUGUAUUUAUAAUAUUAUUUUAUUAAAUAAACAAAACCACAUAAUAAAAAAUUAGGUUGCCAAAAAGUUGUAAUAUUAGAGUAAAGUCAACUACAAGAAGAAAAUUACAUUUUUAAAAACUGUUGUAAUUUCAAAGUCAAAAUAAUAAUAGAAAAAGUUGGAUUCUAACAGGAAAACAACAACAAUGUUGUCAUUUUAGUAGCAUAUUAGUAGCAUAGAGGGAGGUGAGGUUUUUAUAACCUCUUCCAUGACAUGACAUGACAACAAUUCCUCCCCAGCACUGGAAGAGACUCAUUGCAAGUUAUUGCAAGUUACAAACCCUUGAUUGCAGAGGCCCAACCACUUAUUAGCUGCAGGGCGAAGUCACUUUUUCACACCAACUGUAUAUUUUUUGAAAGUCAUAAUAUUCUAAGAAAAAAAUAAGCAAAAUAAAAUUGUAAUUGUAAAAAAAAACUAGUGAAAAUAUUAUGGGAAUAAAGUCAUAAUAUUACAAAACAAAAAUUCACAAAGCUAAUUUAAGUAGAAAUAUUUGGAAAAUAAUAUAAAUAAAGUCCCAGGGGCAGGGGCCCAACCACUUAUUAGCUGCAGGGGGCAGUCACUUUUUCACACUGCCUGUAUAUUUUUUGAAAGUCAUAAUAUUCUAAGAAAAAAACCCCAAAAUAAAAUUGUAAUUGUAAAAAAAAAAAAAAUGCGUGACUAGUGAAAAUAUUAUGGGAAUAAAGUCAUAAUAUUACAAAACAAAAAUUCACAAAGUUAAUUUAAGUAGAAAUAUUUGGAAAAUAAUAUAAAUAAAGUCCCAGGGGCAGGGGCCCAACAACUUAUUAGCUGCAGGGGGCAGUCACUUUUUCACACCACCUGUAUAUUUUUUGAAAGUCAUAAUAUUCUAAGAAAAAAAAAUUGUAAUUUAAAAAAAAAAAAAAAAGUGUGACUAGUGAAAAUAUUAUGGGAAUAAAGUCAUAAUAUUACAAAACGAAAAUUCACAAAGCUAAUUUAAGUAGAAAUAUUUGGAAAAUAAUAUAAAUAAAGUCCCAGGGGCAGGGGCCCAACCACUUAUUAGCUGCAGGGGGCAGUCACUUUUUCACACCGCCCGUAUAUUUUUUGAAAGUCAUAAUAUUCUAAGAAAAAAAAAAAACAAAAUAAAAUUGUAAUUGUAAAAAAAAAAUGUGUGACUAGUGAAAAUAUUAUGGGAAUAAAGUCAUAAUAUUACAAAACAAAAAUUCACAAAGCUAAUUUAAGUAGAAAUAUUUCGAAAAUAAUAUUAAUAAAGUCCCAAAUAUUACAAGAAAAAUAUUAUAUAUGUGGCCCAUACCGGAAACCGCCACCGCCAAGGGGGGCAGUGCCCCAGCAGCUCUAACAAAUAUUAUAACGGACGUCCCAGACAUUUACUGUAUUCAAAAUGAACUGUGGGCCAGAUUUGUCACCCUUCCAACCCAAGAUCAAAUAUGGACUCUGACCCUCACCAACAAAGCUGCAAAAAAAACGGCAGAGCAAGCAUCCAAAACACCUCUGGUGAUGGUCCAUGGCUUUGGAGGGGGGGUCGGCUUGUGGAUUAGGAACCUGGAUUCACUGAGCCGGUCUCGGACCGUUUACGCUUUUGACCUCCUGGGCUUCGGCAGAAGUUCCAGACCUCGUUUUCCGUCCAACGCUGACAAAGCGGAGCAGCAGUUUGUCAACUCCAUAGAGAACUGGAGACAGUCUGUGGGCGUGGAGAAGAUGGUUCUGCUGGGACACAGCCUGGGUGGCUACCUGGCGACGUCCUACGCCAUCCAGUACCCUUCAAGAGUGUCCCAUCUAAUCCUGGUGGACCCCUGGGGUUUCCCUGAGAAACCACAUAUUCAGAACCAGGAGGUCCAAGGUCAGUCUACAGAGACAUUGAAAAGGCCGUCUCCACCACGCUGGGUGAAAGCCAUCUUCUCAGUGGUUUCCCUCUUCAACCCCCUGGCUGUCAUCAGAGCAGCCGGCCCGUGGGGUCCGGGCUUGGUCAACAGAUUUCGUCCUGAUUUCAGAAGGAAAUUUGAAGAUCUGUUUGAUGACGACACGAUGACGCAGUACAUCUACCACUGUAACGCGCAAACCCCCAGUGGCGAGGUGGGAUUCCGGGCCAUGGCCGAGUCUCUGGGUUGGGCGAAGAGACCCAUGCUGCAACGGGUCCAUCUGCUGCCCAGCACCAUGCCCCUCACCAUGCUGUACGGGGCCCAGUCCUGGGUUGACAGCUCCUCGGGGGAAAAGGUGAUCCAGGUUAGAGGCCCUGCUCGCACUAAAGUUCUGCUAAUAAACAACGCUUCUCAUCACGUGUACGCCGACCAACCGGAGAAGUUCAACCAAGUGGUAGAAGAUAUAUGCGACUCUGUUAACUGAAUGGGUGGAACAUUUUACAGUUGGUUCAUAUUGCAAUGGAAUUGUUUUGUAUAUAUUUUUUUAAUAUCUUCAGUAAAUUUAUUUAUAUGUUUUUCUUUUGUUUUAACCUUGCUAAUGCAUGCACAGCAUUUCUUUUUGACUCAACUGAAGCCAGUUUAUGUUUCAUUUAGGGAGUGUAAAAUGAAAUAUUACUGAAAUGUUAUUAAAUAAAGCUCAGAUUACUACUUCUAUUUCCUGUAUUUGAAUUUUGUACUUUGAAAGCAAUAAAAUAUCUGAAAGAGUA